UCCUCUCUUUGUCCCCCUGGGCGGUGGCCUUAGGGACCCUGGCCUAGGCUGCCGACUGUGAAAGCACCUGCCUUGGAGAGGAGCCACCUGCGGAAGCCUCCAUCACAGCCCAGCAAGGAUGACUCCUCCGUGUCCGGCUGGGGACAGCUGACGGCAGGGCCACAGGAUGUACUCCUGUUGCGUCUGCCUCCGUGGUCCCGGGGCUGUUUGGAAGUAGCACACGGAAGUGCCUGUGGAGAGGGAAUCGUGCUUGGCGAACCCAACAGGAGGCCAGGCACAGGCUGCGCUCUGCAGGGGCAUGGAGAGGAAGAGCUCCGAGUGCCAGGAGCCCCCGAAGAAGCGGGGCCUGUCCUUUUCCAUCGAGGCCAUCCUCAAGUGGCCCGCGGAGAGGAGCGGUGUGGCCAGGCCGGAAGGCGCAGGUGGAGAGGGCCCUGAGCAGGCAGCAGCCGCAGACUCCAGGCUGGUGCAGCCCCCACAGGAGCAGCCCCAGGAAGGGAGGAAGAGCAAGCGCAGGGUGCGGACCGUGUUCACCACGGAGCAGCUGCAGGAGCUGGAGAAGAUCUUCCACUUCACCCACUACCCCGACGUGCACGUCCGCAGCCAGCUGGCCGCGAGGAUCAACCUCCCCGAGGCUCGGGUGCAGAUCUGGUUCCAGAAUCAGCGAGCCAAGUGGCGGAAGCAGAAGGUCGGCGGCCUGGGCGGGCCACAGCCCCUGAGCGAGGCUGUGACAGAGCUGCGCCCCUGCCCUGUACCUCCUUACACCGGCACACCCGACGUGGGGCAGCGUCUGUGCUUCUUCAACCUAGGGACCCGACACACUCUCGCCAGUCAGGCCACGCUCCUCGCGGGAGGGAGUGGAAGGCACGUGGCAGAUGGACCCGGGGGGACAUGGACCUCAUCAUCCAAAGACAGCCCACAGCCCAGGAAUCUCCACGAGCGUGCCCGCUGCCAAACCACCGUGGACCCAGCAGCAAGGCACACAGCAAAAGACAGCUCAGGUCUCCAGCCAGAGUGGCUCCCUGGCUCCGAAGGCAGAUGGGCUGAGACCUCAGGAUGAGCCCUGGACUGCGGAGGUGGCCGCCGUGCACCCGGGAUUCCUCUAACUUGCUGUGUGAUCUCCUGCUGGUCACUCACCCCCUCUGGACCUCAUCUGUAACACAAGGGGCAGCUGGACAAGGUGACUCCUGCGGACUCUUCUGACCCCCACUUUGAUAGAAACGUGGAGACACAGGACACGCCUUGUGCGUUCAUUCAUGACACACGCAUUGAGCACCUGCCACGUGCCGUGUCACAGAGCUGGACCUCAGAUGCACAACUCAGGUUCCAUCCAGGUGCUGCUGCCCUGCCCGGCAAGCAAGACCCUUGCUCACGUGACCUGCAGCGGCCCGGG